AUGUUGAGUGAGAAUUUAGCCGACGGCGGGAUAGAGGUGGUGUCAACCAAGCCCGCAUGUCCAAGCUGGUCCCUUCCGAGGGCAUCCCGUGCAACUGCCAAGAAGUUGCAUUUGUCGAAAAGGCACCAGCAGGAUUUGCUGGGCACGCAGUCACCGGGGCCUGCGACGUACACGCCACAGCGUCAGCGCAAAAGUCCGAGCUGCAGCUUCGGGACUUUUGACCCGCCAAGUCCGGUCGGUGAGCGUCGAGCUUCGACGAGCGAUCUACUGGCUAACAUGUCCGCUUCAGAAAAGGCAGACCUGAAGCCACGUCCCGGAAGUGCGGUGAUUGGGCGAGCGUCCAGGAAUGUCGUGCCUGUGCAGCCAGAUGUGCACACAUUCCUUUUUACCGAUUCUCCUGGCCCGAUGCGCUACAACCCCGGCCGGGAUAUCGUUGAGCCCAGUGCUCCAGCAUAUUCCAUCAGGCCGCGUGGUUUUGAACGAGCCGCGACGACCAGUAAAGUUGGUCCAGGACUCUAUCCAGUCCAGACUCGGGAGCACAUGCGCUGCGCUUCGACGUUGCGUUGUAGUCCUCAGUGGAGCAUCGCGCGGCAGGAACGCGUUACGCUCAGUCGCCGGACACGAACUGAGCCAACUGAGCCUUUCAAAAUUGAACAAAUUGAUGUUAGCCCAGGUUCGACCGUAUCUGCAUGCAUAAUCUUGCCAAGUCUAGAGGAGCAAGAAUGUCUUGUCGUGCAUCAGGUUGGCGAAGAACAAAUCUCAGACGCGGCGCUCGCAGUUGUAGCAGUGACAGAGCCAGCUCCACCAGGCCGGCAGCUCCGUUCAACAGGAAAUUCCAAGCAAGAUGUAGCUCUGAUAUUUCGGAGUUUGGGCAUCGCAUUAUUUAUGGCAACUUGA